CCUUGUCCCUAUCAUAACAAGAUUAUUGUUAUCAAAUGAGUACGAAUGAAACUAAAAAUUUCAACCCACUCUCUACGGGCAUCUUACACGGUCCAACAGGUCGAACGAUUUGAAUCGAAGCGAAUCCAGGUGAAUUUGCGAUUGUGCGCAGAACGGAAACUUCGCCAAGGCAUCUAAGGUGUUUGCAUUAAGGUCACUGAGAAAAAUUCUCUGAAACGACGAGAAUAAAAUAUCGACUUGCCUCAGACAUUCACAGGCAACCCGCAAAAACACUCUGAAUGCCGUUUUCUCCGUCGCUACUCAUGUCUCAGGCUCGUCUCUUAGAUGUAGAUUUUCACUGACACCACCUCGCAUCACCUUCCCCAAAAUCCCAAUCAGCAAUCACUCCAAAAAUGCGUUGCUCGAUGGCGUUCGCCAUUUUAUGCCUAGGCGUGCUUUUGCAGAUACCAUGGAUGGCUUCAGUUUCGAUGCCGACUUCCAACUGCUACGCUUUCGACAAUUCAAGUCGCUUAGUUGAUUUCAAUGGCUGGAGUGGUUACCUUUUCGAGUAUGAUCAACAGCAAGGCCCUGACCUGAUCGUACGAUUCUGCAAAGAUGUGGAGAGUAGAUCACAAACGGGAUAUGUUAGUUUUGGCCGAUUUGAUAAAUUCAACUACUUCGUUGCUGGUUCUGGCCAACAUGACUUUAUGCAAGAGUUUUAUAAUGGUGAUCUUAUGGGUUGUGAACAAAGUUAUGACAAAAUGGGACGAACAGCCCAGGUUAAUAUGGUAUGUGGGAAUUGUUCGAAUGGACUAUGUAAAGGUCGUCCUGGAUGCAUAUGUAAUGUCACAUAUGAAUCAAACUGCAGAGUUUUAGUGGAUCUUGCAAUACCAUGUGGUAAACCAGGCCCUCACGUAUUUCAAGGCUUCACUGUUGGUUUUCAUCCAAGAUCAUGGGAACUUGUUUAUAAUGGCUUGACCCAAAUUGGUUUUGAGAAACCCCACCAUGAUUUUAGCUUUCAUACAGGGCAAACUCAGGUAGUCCUGUUUAUGACUGCUGUUGCCUCACUUUCUUCCCUGGUUCAAAAGCCUAGUUUAAAGGUACAUCCAGAUAAUGGCCUGGAAGUUAGAUUGUCUGGAUCUGCUGACAAAGGGAAGCCUCCGACAACUUUGUCACCCUCAAUGUUGAUUGUUGAUUGGAGAUGUGAGGUGGCCCGUGAUACCCCAUAUGAAGUUAAUAUCACAAUCCCUGUUGAGGGUUAUGAGCCAAUUCAGUUUGUGCUUACAAAACAAUGUGAUUAUACGCAGGAUCCUGGGGGAGGUCGCACACGAGGAUGGGCAAUAUUUGGAGUGCUGUCCUGCAUAUUUUUUGUCUUUUCAACACUCUUUUGCUGUGGAGGGUUCAUUUACAAGACGAAAGUGGAACGGCAGCGUGGAAUUGAUGCUUUGCCUGGCAUGACUAUCCUUUCUGCGUGCUUAGAGACAGUUAGUGGAGUUGGGCAUGGCUACUCACGCCCAGAAGAAGUCAAUAGUGCCUUUGGCAGUGAAGCCUCCUGGGAACGUCCUCCUGGUCCCUCACAAGGUACAUGGAAACCAUCAGAAAGAAAAUAUGGUGCCAUUUGAAAGUGUACCGUCAUUCAUUUUGUUUUGUUUACUCACAAUCUGCCAUCAUGUUAUCUACUUUUUGGGAAUUUCUUCUGCCAAAUAUGUUGUUUGUAUCAACUCAUUACGAGGGCUUCGAAGGCCCUCUGAUAUUUUUUCUUGUAAACAUAAAAAUCACAGAUAGAAGAAAAGGGUAGUUAUAGUAUCAA